GUAUGAUGAUUGCUAAGCUGUGUGUUACGGGCCCCUAUAUGGUUAAUGAUAAACCUCAUGGUGGACAGGUAGCGAUUACACAGGGCGCGGUUAAAUACAAUGUACAGUCACACCACUAAAACCGACUCCAAACCGACCGAUGGUAUAUGUCAUUGGUAAUAACGUAAUAGCUUUGAUCGGCCGAGAGCGGUUCCGUUGAUGUGACCGUACUUUAUAGCAUGAUUUAUUAUGGGGUUUGAAUAGCAAUCUAGCAAGGAGUAACACAUUGACGCUGCACAUAAUUAGAAUAUCGUCAGAUUUGGGACAUCAAUUAGGUUACAAUGGACUCCGAGUUUGAAGAAAACUUUGAUUUUGUGGAGAAGGAGAUACGGCAUGCCUUCAUCAAAAAAGUCUACGCAACACUGACCUUACAGCUGGCCGUCACGAUUGGGAUAAUUUGCCUCUUUUUCUUUGUUGACGAAGUGAAGGAGUAUGCCCAGCAAAAUUACUGGUUGUUUUGGACUGCUUUUUCACUAACUUUCGUCUUGAUCAUCGUUCUGGCAUGCGCCUCCGAACUUCGGAGGCGCUCUCCGGCCAACAUCAUUUGUCUCAUGUUAUUUACAAUUUGUGAGGGCAUUCUGCUCGGACUGACAUGCACUUAUUAUGAAGGCACUGAGGUACUCCUUGCUAUCGGCAUAACAGGACUCAUCACGCUGGCGUUGACUAUUUUCGCUUUCCAAACAAAGAUUGAGUUCACAUUCAUGGCUGGUACCCUAUACGUUCUGUUGAUCAGUCUCAUCAUGUUUGGAUUAUUUGCUGCUAUCUUCAGGUCUGAGGUUCUGUAUAUGUUCUACUGCGCAGCGGGAGCAUGCCUCUUCAGUGUGUACAUUGUCUUCGACACUCAGCUCUUACUCGGGGGCAAACAUCGGUACUCCAUCUCACCCGAGGAAUACAUAUUCGCCGCACUCAACCUUUAUCUGGACAUCAUCAACCUCUUCCUCUUCCUCCUUCGACUCUUCGGCAAAUAAUAGACACGGCCUGGUAGCUAGUCUAUGGUGCUGUAAAACGAUUUGAAAUGGAGGGGGCGGGGGGGGGGGGAUACCAUAUACAAAAUCAGAUACUCGUUUUCAAUGUUAUUUUGCACUAUUAUGGAAAAAGUGGGGGUGCAGCCCCCGGUCCCCUGUUCCGCAACCCUUGCUAUGGGUAACGAGUGAAACGAAAUAUGUUAAAUUCAUGCUUCUAAUAAUUUUGUCCAUGCGCCUAUUGACUUCGCUGAAGUCUAAAUACAUCUCUCGAAUGAGUCACCCCCAAAAGAAGAUUUAAGUGAAAGCGAAAAAUCAAACCAUCAAAAUGCUGAAAAUUUCAUCAAAAUUUGAUGUAAAAUAAGCAAGUCAUGGUAUUUUAGAUUAUCGCUCAAUUUCAUAUCCUCGUCUGUAUGAAUCGAUGACGUCACCUAUACUCACUAUUUGCUUUGCUAUUUUACUAUUUGAAAUGUGAAAUAUAAGUUAUUUUUUCCUCAUCAUGCUCAUAAUGUGAAACCAUAUUGAUUCCUCCUUCAGUAUAUGGGAUUCAUAUUAGUGCAAACUAUUGUGAUUCAUGAAGAUGUUUCCCCUAUUGUCAAACCAGCAAAAUUUGAAAUAUUCUAUGUCACAUAAUAAAAUACAAAAUAAAUAUUGAGUAUGUGACAUCAUCGAUGUCACGAAGCACAUCACUCGUGUUGUGCAUAACUGGUGAACAUGGUCGAAAUUUUAAAAUGUCAUAACUUUCUAUAUUUUUCAUCCAAUUUUGAUGAAUAUUUCAGCGUUAUACUCAUUUAACUUUCCUCGAUUCAUCCAAAUCUACUUUCUGUUGGGAUGGAUGCUUAUACAUAGAAAAUCUAAACUCUUCCUCCAGGUUGAUGGGUGGAAAAGCCUGUCUAUACAAAAGCAAAUUUUGAGAGAUUCUCUCGCAUCAGUUGGUAUUUGCCGGAAUUUAAAUUCUUCCAACUUCUUACAUUUAUUCACUGCUGGAAAUUUUAUUGAUUUGAAGGUUCGUUUCUAGGAUUUCUGAAUACAUUCGUGAACAGUGUACAAAUCAUGGUAACAUAUUAUAAUUGUGGCGCAUGUAUGCACUUUACUCUGACGAAAUUGUUUCAGAAUUUAUUAUGCUAAAUAAAAUUGGAUGUAUAUAAUGCUAUUAUCUUGACCUUUUUUCCCUCAAACUAAGGUGUAACCCCCUAUUAAUGCCAAUCUUAUUUAUAAAAAAAUGACAAAGAAUUUAAAAUAUUCUCUAAAGAGCGUUUUGUCAAAAGUAAGCUUUUUUUCGGUUGUUAUUAGUUGUGUAUUUAUUACAAAAUCAAAUUCAAUAUCGAUAUUAAACCAAGAAUUAACCUAUCAAAAAUUUUACUUUAUGAUUCAAUUAAUCAAUCAUAUUCUGCCCUACAAAUUAUAUAUAUUAAUUUAAAUCCAGAAAAUUGUGAGUGUAUGAGUAAGCUCUUUGAGGUUGGCUUUACUUCUAUUUAUGUAUGAUACUUAAAAAUAUACACGAAUUACUACCAGAAGUAUUCCUGAUUACUUUACAGUCAUAAUCUGGUCUUGUGCAUCUUGUGAAGUUUUUGAAUUGUAACUGUAUGGCGAUUGUUGAAUUUGUAUUUAUAUUUGCUUGAUGUUUUUUUUAAAGUGGUGUAUUGAUAUGCUUUCAAUUGAAAUUGAAAAUUGAAAAUUGAAAAUAUGCUUUGUAUGCAAUGUUUUCUGGUAAAAAAAAACAGUACUUUCAAAUCAUUUAAAAAUGUAGAACUAAUGUCGAUACCAUAUUAUUAUUCAUGUGUAAAAUUUGACACAAAAUGAUUAAUAAAGAAAUAUGAAACUAA